AUGUCUGUUAAAAAUGACUCUUGGAACGUGAUUAAUGAAUUUAUUUUCACUGGAUUUGACAAUGUGGAAAGACCACUGACUGUUGGUGUGGUCAUCCUAAUAUUGUACUUGCUUACUAUAAUUGCUAACACUGCAAACAUAGGCUUUAUUGUCACAGAUAAGCGCCUGCACCAGCCAAUGUACCUGUUUAUUUGCCAUUUAUCAAUUGUAGACAUGGUCUACUGUACAAGUUCAUGUCCAACUAUGAUUGGUAUUCUUCUUGUUGGCUAUAAAACUAUAUCCUACAGACCAUGCAUGAUUCAGAUGUUUGCCUUCCAAUUUAGCGGAGCAAUGGAAAUCUUUGCUAUUGCUGUCAUGUCAAUUGAUCGGCUUGUUGCUAUAAGCACACCUUUGCGAUACAGUUCUCUUAUGACAAAUUUCCGAUGUGUUUCAAUUACCAUUUUACUUUGGUUUGUACUUGCAUCAGUUUUGUCUAUGCUACCUGCUUCUGUUGCACCUCUACCAGUUUGUUACUCUACUGUAAAAUACAUGUUUUGUGAUUAUGCAUCUGUUACAAGGGCAACUUGUGCAGACCCCGAGCCAUAUUUUAAUAAUGUAUCUAUUUUAACAACUUGUAUAAUUUUAGUAACAGUCAGUUUGAUUUGUUUAUCUUAUAUAAAUAUUGUUGUUGUUGUUUCAAGAAUGACCUCAAACAAAGACAAGAAAAAAGCCAUACAUACUUGUUUAAGUCAUGGUAUAGUCUUAGUCUGCUACUAUGUAACUAAUUUAACACGAAUACUUCUCACCAGGGUUGGUGUAGUUUUAACACUGCAGGAACGAAAUGGAUUGAUGGUGGGGUCAAUUAUUGUUCCAUCUUUAAUGAAUCCUUUUAUAUACUGCUUUAGAACAAAGGAAAUCAGAAGCAAAUUAUUUAAAAUGUUUUUAAAAGUUAACCCAGUUGCACAAAGAAAGCAGUGGGUUUAG